CACCCGCCGACGGCCAUGGUGGUAAUGGCUCACUUUCCAACGUGCCAUGGCUACACAACGUCACCGCUGCAUGAGUCGCGAGGAUGAUGACGACGAUGACCUCUUCCAGCAGCUCAAGGCUGCUUUCCACAUCUACGACUGCGAGCACUGCGGCAAGGCCGCGCGGAAUGCCAUUCCGUGCCACGGCAAUUGCGGCCACGCGUACUACUGCUCGAGAGACUGCCUCAUCUUCCACAGCCGCACCCAUCGGCAUCAGUGCUUGUAUCAUCGUGAAAGUCAAGCGAGUCUUCAAGAAUUGGACGAUUUGUCCAGCGAAGACGACGACUGGUUGCCGCCGUACCUCAGCUCGGCCGUCGACUUGAUCUUGCAACACCUCCGCGACAACGCCGCCGCCUUGCAGUAGAAAACCAACCCGAAUUUGUGUCAUAAGUUAUAAUUUAUCGCUGCAUUAGACCCAAAA